AUGAUCAAGGCCGCAAUUGUAUCCCUCUCCAUCUUGGGCAUCACCAUAGCUCAUGAAAGCCAUGCCCAGUCUCGAAUCUCCUCUGGUCCACACCAGGGACUUUGGUACAACACACUGCCGGGAGACGGCGGCACUCAGGCCGAUUCCGUCUUCUCGGGUAUUUCUACAUUUGGUCGACUGCCCUAUCAUCCUUGUCUGUCUAGCGAUGAUGAAGAAUACGAUAUCGCUUUCCUAGGUGCACCCUUCGACACUGGCACUUCCUAUAGACCUGGUGCCAGAUUUGGGCCGAGUGGAAUUAGGCAGGGUUCUCGACGACUUAAUCUUUACGGCGGCUACAAUGUACCUCUCCAGGCUAAUCCUUUCACGAGCGAGAUGAAAAUUCUUGACUGUGGUGAUAUUCCCGUGACUUCGUAUGACAAUGAGUGGGCAAUCCAGCAGAUCGAGGAGGGUCACAACAGUGUGCUUAUGCGGAAGCCCUUCACGGAUGCGGAUAAGGCGGGUCUCUCGCGGGCAGGCAAGACUCUGCCGCGAGUGAUUACUCUGGGUGGUGACCACACUAUUACUCUACCGCUGCUGCGGAGUAUCAAUCGGGCCUAUGGCCCUGUCACCGUCAUACAUUUUGACAGCCACCUUGACUCUUGGAAGCCCAAGGUUUUUGGCGGAUCUCCGAGCAAGGUUGCCAGCAUCAAUCACGGAACAUAUUUCUAUCAUGCAGCCAUGGAAGGCUUGUUGAAAAAUGACACCAAUAUCCAUGCCGGCAUUCGAACUACUCUAUCCGGUCCUUCUGACUACGAGAAUGACGGCUAUUGUGGAUUCGAGAUUGUUGAAGCACGAGAGAUUGACACAAUCGGCAUUGAGGGAAUAAUUCGAAAGAUCAGGGAGCGUGUAGGUACCGAGAACCCUGUUUAUCUUUCCAUCGAUAUCGAUACUCUCGAUCCAGCCUGUCUCGAUGGGCUCAACUUCAUCGGCGCCGAUAUUGUGGAAGUCGCACCAGCUUACGAUACCAAUGCAGAGCACACCACUAUGGCCGCUGCAGAUGUUUUAUACGAGGUACUCACUAUCAUGGUCAAGGGUGGGCCCUUGUCUAUUGGAGGCAAACGAUCAAAUGAGCUCUGA